AUGAAGACAUUGAAGACAUGUCUUGAAUACGUCUGCGAACUCUUGCGACCAAAGAGUGAAGUAUUGCUUCAAUUGCUGUCAAUCACUGGUGUCUGCAAUGACACCAUCUGUUUGAGUGACGUAUUCAUGCAAAUGUCUCCCAAAGAUCUGACGCAAGAUAACAGUGAAGACAACCGACAGCAACACAAACCACUCAACCCUUCCGUCGAUAAUACCGUCGAUUCGAUCGCUUUUGGACACCAAUCGGACCAGAGAUCCACUUCGAGUGACACUCCGCCACAACAAACCGCUGAAGAAGUGAGCACUGAAUUGAGUCCUCGUCUCAUGAAAAACCAUAUCUUCGGUCUUGAGAUGCCUUUCGAUGUAAUCAGCGCUGCCUUCGCCUCGACCGUCGCCAUCGGCGGUCUCAUCGGAUACCUGAAGGCCAAGAGCACUUAUUCACUGAUCGCUGGCCUAGUCUUCGGUGGUAUCCUUGGGUUUGGCGCUUACCAGACGUCCGUCAAUCCACGCAAUUAUUAUCUCACAUUAGGCACGUCUAUAGCGUUGGGCGCACUGAUGGGCUACCGGGCCAUCAACUCCGGCAAGUUUAUGCCCGCGGGUCUCAUCGCCAGUCUUAGUGCUCUAAUGAUCCUCCGAUUCACUGUCCGCUACUUCACUGAUACUAAUUAUAUCAGGAAAUGAAUGCUUCCUUUCAUUUCAUAUGUAUUUGACAUUUAUUUGACUCAAAAACUUUAUUUUUAUCAAUUAUUUCUAUACUUUUACUUAUUGUGCGAAUCCUUUGUCUGUAUUUUUUAUUCAAUUAAUCAUUUGAUACAAAAUUUAUACUCAAAUACAAUAAAAUCGG